GCAAACUUUAAAUGUUACCCUAGCUUCGAUUUUGAAUGUGAAUAGCCUUAACGUUAGCUAGCCAGCUUUGUAAAUAGUACCCUAUUUUUAAUUAGCCAGUUAGCUAAUACUGAGCUUUACCUGUCUGCUGGCUACAAGUUUAGUUUCGGGGCGCGUUAAAUUUAGUUUGAUGAAUGUAUGUCUUUAAUGAGAUACUUGGUGCAUUACGUCAACUUGAUGUCCUUUUGCCAGUUACUCCUGAUGCUUUUGUUAUGAUCGUGGACUUGAAUUAGCAACUCUUAAGUAGCAUAGCUUACUAUCCAGCAGCCCUACUGGUACAGCCAUUGUGCGUUAGCUCAGUAAUGCUAGCUGUCUUGCAUAUGGACUUGUUGGUUGUGAUGUGCAUCCUCGUUUUAAUGCAAAUGUGACCGCUGUCAAGGAUAUACGUUUUAUUUUCUUUUAUAUUAAUAUGCGGUGGGUGACCUCUCUAAACCUCACGUAACUUCACCAAAGUGGGUACAAGGUGAUGCAUGAAGACCAGGUACAUUCAAGAGGCAUAAAGCCUGUCCCCUGUGCGCCUUUGAGGACAUGUCAUUUCCAGCAGUAUGCAUCCUGAUGGCAGAAGCAGCAGCAGUGCCGAUGCGCCCAUGCCACGCGCCGUCUCCUCAGUCUAUUCAUCUUUUAGAGUCUUGCCCGCUCUUACCCUCGGAAUCGCAGCGGCUGUAUUCUUCCAGUUUGGGUAUGGGGGACUCACCUUAACGUCAUUUUUUCUCAAGCUAUUUAUUUACGUGUCAUUCGCGUUAUUUUGUUUUCUCUUGGGGAGCUUUGGGCUCCUUGUGAAGAAGAGCCCUCCUAAAAUCAGCAGGUUUGACACUUCGAAGAGACAGUGGUCAAACCUUUCAGACGUAUUCAGCAAAUUAAUGGGACGUUUUUCAGUGCCUCUGCUGGAAUCAGCACAAACCAGACGGGUGGUGGUGUCACACAGUGUGGAUAAGGCCCUUAAAGAAGUGUUUGAUUACAGCUACCGAGACUACAUCCUGUCCUGGUAUGUGCCCUUGAGUCGGGAUGAAGGUCAGCUUUAUCAGAUGCUGUCUGAAGACUUUUGGGAAAUGACCAAACAGCUGAGGGGCCGUCUGGCUGACAUCGACGUGGUGAACGUGGUCUGCAAUGACACGGUCAAGACGCUGCACGCUCACUUCUGUGACCUCAAAGCUGCCAACACAAGGCAGGAGGAAUUGCCCAAGCCAUUCCCUCUGCAUCCGUGUCUGUGCAGUCCCGAGGAAGAACUGCGUUUCCUGCGCUGCUGCUCACGACUGCUCAUGCUCUGUCUGCUCCCCUCCCGAGACGCCCGAUCUCGCAGCCUACGCGUCGUCCUGGUUGAGAUCAUCGCCACUAAAGUGCUGAAGCCACUGGUGGAGGUGUUGAGUGAUCCUGACUAUAUAAACCGCAUGCUGCUCGCCCAGCUGGAGCACAGAGAGCAGGUGAAUGAACACCAUAAGAAGGCCUACACCUACGCCCCCUCCUACGAAGAGUUCAUCAAACUCAUCAGCAGCAGUUCAGACAUCGACUUUCUCAAACAACUCAGGUACCAGAUUGUGGUGGAGAUCAUUCAAGCAACAACCAUCAGCAGCAUUCCCCAGCUGAAAAAACAGAAAGACAGUAAAGGAAAAGAGACAGCUGCUAUGAAGGCAGAUUUGCUGAGGGCCAGAAACAUGAAACGCUACAUCAACCAACUGACAGUGGCUAAGAAACAGUGUGAGAAGAGGAUCCGCUUGCUGGGUGGUCCUAACUACGAGCAGCAGGAGGAUGGGGCUCAGGAUGAUGGCGAUGGGCCACAAAGCCAGAAGAUCCUUCAGUUUGAAGAGAUUAUGUCCAAUUCAAUGUUCCGGGAACACUUCCGUGUUUACAUGGAGCGCGUGGACAAGAGAGCUCUCAUCAGUUUCUGGGAGUCAGUGGAAACGCUGAAGAGUGCCAAUAAGAAUGAAGUGCCCCAACUGGUGGGGGAGAUCUACCAGAACUUCUUUGUGGAGAGCAAGGAGAUCCCUGUAGAGAAAGCACUGUAUAAAGAGAUCCAGCAGACCCUGGUGGGUAACAAAGGCACCGACGUGUUCCACAAGAUCCAGGGUGACGUUUACGAGACGAUGAAGGAGCGCUAUUACCCCUCCUUCCUGGUGAGCGACCUGUACGAGCGUCUCAUCAAACGAGAGGAGCAGCGUAACAGCUCUCAGUCCAGCAGCGAGGACAAGGAUGACACCUGCCAAGCUAUGGAGGGUGCGGACGUGGGCGUGGAUGAGGGCAGUAAGGGCAUCAACGAGCAGGCGAGCUACGCUGCCAACAAACUGCGCCAACUCUACGAUAAGCUGGAGUACAAACGCCAAGCGCUCGGUUCAAUACUGAACGCACCCAAGCCUGACAAAAAGAUUGUGACGAAGCUGAAAGAGGAGAUCGGGGCAAUGGAGAAGGAGCACAGUGACCUGCAGCUGCACAUCUCACGCACAGACUGGUGGUGUGAAAACCUGGGCACGUGGAGGGCCGUCAUCAGCGGCGCCGAGGCUGCUGAGGAGAACGGUGAGCAGAUGCCCAGUUACUCGGUGGUCGUGAGUCUCCUGGAAGGAGACGACUCGAAAAACAGCCGCUGGACUGUCGUCAGGAAACUUAGCGAGUUCCAGGCACUACACAGGAAGUUAACGGAGUGUUUUCCUUCCUUGAAAAAAGUCCAGCUUCCCUCACUCAGUAAACUGCCAUUUAAAUCUGUUGACCAAAAAUUCCUCGAGAAAUCCAAAAACCAACUCAAUACCUUCUUACAGAAAAUGCUGACAGAUGAGCGGAUGUGUCAGAGUGAAGCUCUAUACGCCUUCCUCAGCCCCUCACCAGAACACCUUAAGGUCAUCGACAUUCAGAAGAAGUCCUCCUUCUCUCUGGCCUCAUUCCUGGAAAGAUUGCCUGGAGACUUCUUCUCACACCAGGAGGAUGAAGCUGAGGAUGACAGCGACCUGUCGGACUACGGUGACGAGUCAGACGGGAAAAAAGACGCCCUGGCAGAGCCCUGCUUCAUGCUCAUUGGAGAGAUCUUUGAACUCAGGGGCAUGUUUAAAUGGGUGCGGAAGACACUAAUUGCACUAGUCCAAGUCACCUUUGGACGAACCAUAAACAAACAGAUCAGAGAUACGGUGAACUGGAUCUUUAGUGAGCAGAUGUUAGUUUAUUAUAUCAAUGUUUUCCGGGACACAUUCUGGCCCAACGGGAAGCUUGCACCCCACAAUCAAGUCCGGUCAGACUCGGAGCGGAGAGAGACCAAGGAGAGAGCACAACAAAAGCUGCUAGACAACAUCCCAGAUGCACUACAGAAUUUAGUGGGCCAGCAAAACGCCAGAUAUGGAAUCAUUAAGAUCUUCAACGCAUUUCAGGAAGCCAGUGCCAAUAAGCAUCUGCUAUAUGUUCUUCUGGAAAUGCUUCUCAAAGAACUGUGCCCUGAACUGAGCGCAGAAAUGGACCAACUCUGAUGACAUACAUACAUACAUACGUACAUACAUACAUACAUACGUACAUACAUUCUCACAGAAGGACUGGAGUCACCUCAGCUUCAGUCAUCCUGUUUUACAUUCAUGUGCUUGAAAAUCCUUUUUUUGUUUGUUUGUUUUUAAUUUCUGUAUCACUAUCUGAACAUACUUGAGGACCUAGUAGCACUGAAAUUAGGGAGCUUCUUGAAAUUCAGUUCAUUCUUUUAUGUUUUAACUGUCUUUGGGUCACUAGCUGAAUUGUAAUGAAGUAUCAGUCCAACUGCCAACCAGCCAUGUUUUGUUUGUUUGUGGAAUUUCUUUUGACCUGCUUAGGUCUUAUAAUGUGAAUAGUUGUGGAAUGAUUGUUGUAUUCACUUAAGAGAAGGAAAAAAAAAAAAAACACAAAACAAAACACGGACUUCUCAAACCUUCCUACCUACCGUACAGUACAUAUUGUGAUUAUUAUAAAAGCUUUUUAUCGUGCAAUAUGUAAUGUAAAGUUAUUGUGACUAUUUUAUUUGUGAUAUUAAAAUAGAUUUUAUUUUUACCAGAAAUAGAUUAGAGCAUUUAUAAGCAAUAAAUUGCAAAAAUGCAGUA